UGUGGGAAGGUGGUUGACAAAUAUGUGAUCGUGUUUCUUCUCUAUAAAGGAGGAACAGGGGCUGAGCAGUUCAGAACAUUCCAGCAAAUCUGUCCAAGCAGCCGGGUUCUCCACAUACCAACGUAGCAGUGCUUGAGGAUUCCUGAUCCUGUUUGAUUUCACUUCUCAUUGAUUAUCACCAUGAAGGCCAUCUUGGGACUUUUCAUCUGUUUCGGUCUUGCCACUAUAGGUUGUUCUUUGGAGUGUGAAAUUUGCUCUGGUUUCGGCAAUAGCUGCAGUGGCCCUACGAUGCCCUGUGAAGCAGGGAAAGAUACCUGCAUCAUCAGCAUGACUGAACAAACCCUUGUUGGAGUUCCCAUGCGGGCAGUAGUUAAGGGCUGUGCAUCCUCAGAUAUCUGUAGACUGACUCCCGCAUAUAUGAAUUUUGGAUCAGGGAAAACGAUCCGUACGAGCACCACUUGUUGUGUGGGGGAUGCCUGCCAAACAUCAACUGCUCAAGUGCCUCCAGCCAUCACUGAGCCCAACGGAAAGAGGUGCCCAGCCUGCUAUUCAUUGACAUCUGUUUGCCCUGAUGAGACGGUGGACUGUCAUGGACCUGAGGACUACUGUCUUGAUUUGGCAGUGAGAGUCACUUAUGGUGGAAAGGUCCUUGCCACCUCUGUCCAGAAGGGCUGCGUCAGCAAGUCUGUUUGUGACGAUGUGAGAAGAGGAGAAACCAACUAUUUUGGGGGUAGUGCUACCGUCUUAAAGGCUGAAUGCAGACCUGCCACCAUCAAAGCCUGAACGGGAGCUUAAUCCACGAUCUCCCAAGCUUUGCUAUGCUUCUGCAGGUGAAAGUUAGGGAUCCAUUAGGAAUGCAUGCUCUUUCAUUUCAUUUUGUUUCCUAGUAUUGCCAGUCAUCUUGCACUUGCUGAGGGUGUUCCUGUUGCAUUCGCUUCUUCUUAUACUGCUGAAAUGAUCACUACUAAUUUUAAAUGUAUUUUAAAAGUUCAAUGAAAAACAACAUGACAUGAGGAAAAAGGAAAUGAAGAUACAUGAGUUCAAAUCACAUGGGGGAGACACAAGAUAGAAAUGGAGACCUUCAAGUUAAAAUGACAAGGCUGAGACCCCUUCCGCACACACAAAAUAAUGCGUUUUCAAACCACUUUCACAACUGUUUGCAAGUGGAUUUUGCUAUUCUGCACAGCUGCAAAGAGCACUGAAAGCAGUUUGAAAGUGCAUUAUUCUGCAUGUGCGGAAUGAGCCUGAGAAACGAGGAGAGCUCAGCAUCCAUGUCAAAAUGGUCUUGAUCCACUGGUGUAAACUUGUAAGCGCUGUGAAUGGUAGGGCGCCUGCAUUGAUUAUUCGCUCACCCCUCUAAAACCAUUUCUGCUUCCUAGAGGCUUUCUUUGAAUAAAACGACAACCAAGCUCAAUAAAGUAAAAGGAAAUUAAAAA